GUCUUUGCCGUAUCUGUGCUUUACACUGGUUGGCUGCGUGAAACCUAGGAACGCGGCGUUCACCUUUCGUCGAACUCAUGCAAGCGCACAAUUGCUUUUUGCUGAUUUUCUUUUAGGACGUAAGCUGGCCAUUUAGCAAACAUAUCCGAGAAUUGCAUAGACGAACUGGAUCUCAAUCAAACCGGCUUCGCUAGACUUGAGAGUAUAGUCGUGCGGCGCUCACUACGUUUCGCAAGGUUUGAAAGCUAAAUGGGUACGGUGGAGGACACGUUCUGGACGGAAUGCUAAGCAGCACCAUCGUCAACGAUGGUGCAGCCAUCCCUACGCCUCUCGGGCUUCCAUCCCCACCUUCCUUGCCGCUGUCGGGGACCCGGACGCUGCUGUUUCAUGUUCGGCCAGAACGACGGCGACUUGUCAACACCGUCGGUUGCUGCAGGACGGCCGCUUUUGGAUCCAGUCGUUGUUUGAAUGUGCCGCACCAGCACAACCACCACCAGCGCUGUGACAACAACAUCGAAGGCAGCCAGCAGGAAGGGUGGCGGCUGCAGCCGUCAGGAGAACACUCGUCGUCAUGGGGCGGGAACGCGUUGGAGCACGCAGCCGCCUCCGCGCUUGCGGCACCUCAGCUACCGAGCGCAGCGACUGGACCACGAAGAGCGACUGGGGCGCCCGCCGUGCUGGUGGGGAGCCUUUCCUCAACCGCUAGCGGCCACCAGACUAGCCGUAGCAACAGCCUUGGCAGCAGCAGUGGCGGGAGAGGCAGGGGCUGCAGCACCGGUGCGUGUGGCGGAGGCGUGCAAAGAGCAGCAACCGCACAACAGCGACCUCUACCCCAUGCGGUGGCAGUGAGGACCUCAAUAAAAGCACCAUCACAGGUGGGAGCAGCGGCGCAGGGCGCCAGCAGGGUGCCGACGCCUGCACCAGGGGAGGCAGCUCUCACGGCGGCUAUUGUGGCGUGCGACAGCUGGGAGGCACUGGCGUCCCUCCUCGCCCCCCGCCGCGACUCGCUCAACCCCACCCACGUGACUGCGGCGCUGGUGGUCCUGGCGAGACUGAGAGGGAGCGGGGGGGCGGAGGGGAGCCAUGGUGGCGGCUUGCCAGGAGGCGGGAGACGAAGAGAAGCAGAUGCAUCCCCAGCAGCAGCCACAACAGCCACAAGGGCUACACGUCCGCAGGUGUACGGCAGUCUAUCAGGGCUUGCCAACGACCUCUGUGCGGUUGCCGUUGUACGGCAACUGCCGUACAUGUCGGCUCGUGAGGUCAGCAACUUCACGUGGGCUUUGGCGCGGCUGGCACCUGUGAUCGUACGACGGCCGGCAGAGGCGGUUGCAGCAACAGCGAGUGAUGUGGCAGCAACAGAACGGAUGGCGGUAACAGCAGCAGAAGCUGAGGUAACCGUAACGCUACCAGUUGCAGUGGCAGCCCUGCAGGCCGCCUGCCACCAGCACUGGUCACAGUUCACAACACGAGAGCUAGUCAUGCUGCUGUACGGCAUGGUACGGCUGGAUCCAACAAUCCUGCCGUACGACCUUUCUAGCGCCCCCACCCCCACCCCAACGACCAUUUCUCCGUCGCCGCCGCCAACACACCCGCCCUCCUCUUCCGCGCACUCCCCUUCCACCUCCACCCCCUCCUCUUCCUCCUGGCUUGCCGCCUGGUUCACCGCCUCCGAGCCGCACCUGCCCUCCCUCGGCCCCCGUGGACUGCACCUCACGCUGUGGGCACUCGCGCAGGUGUGGACUCCCCCCCGCCACACUGUCCGCGCCCGCGACCUCCGCAACCUCCGCAACCACCAAACCCUCAGCCACAGCCAUGACAGCCGGCCGGCCCCAUGUGUCGUACGGCUACCGCCUCCGCCCGCUUCCUGGGUUGUACGGCUGCGAGUACGGCUGGCGGCCCAGCUGCCGCACCUGCACGCGGGGCCGCUGGUGCGGGUUGCCUGGGGGCUAGCGAGGCUACAGCCCUGGCUUAUGCCGGGGACGGUGAGGACGCCGGCAGCAGCAGCAGGAGCGGAAGAAGCAGCAGCAGCAGGCGGAGGC